UCCAUCUCCAUUUAUUUCUUCUUCUUCAAGUCCCAAGCUUGCUUUCAAAUCGACAUCGGAUGUUUUGGGCGUUGCCUCCCCCUUCCCAGGCAAAUUCGCCUAAUUCCUCUGCAUUAUAGUUUAUCGUCUCUCGGCUUCUUUCCCUAGUGAUUUUGCCUGUUUCGCUGUCGUUUCAGUACUCAAACUGGAUUGUCGGAAAAGGGUAUGCAUCGGCAGAAAAAGAGACGCCCAGUUCUCAAUCAAGUGUUUAUCGGCUAAUGUUGAUAAUGUACGUUAGAUCUCCGUGAGUUCUCCACUGUAUUCUUCUGGAGCAAUGUCGUUGUGAAGGAGAAGAGCGUAUCCGUGAUCCUCUUGGCCGGAGGUCAAGGAAAGAGGAUGGGUAUGAGCAUACCGAAGCAGUAUCUACCCCUCCUCGGUCAGCCAAUUGCUGUAUACAGCUUUUUCACAUUUUCUCGUAUGAACGAAGUGAAGGAAAUCGUUGUUGUUUGUGAUCCAUUUUACCGGGAUGUGUUUGAAGAUGCCCAAGAAUUGGUUGACAUUGACCUCAAAUUCGCUCUUCCUGGGAAAGAGAGACAAGAUUCUGUAUACAAUGGACUUCAGGAAGUUGAUUUGAACUCUGAGCUUGUUUGCAUCCAUGACUCUGCCAGACCAUUGGUGACCACUGAAGAUGUCGAGAAAGUUCUGAAAGACGGUAGUGUAGUUGGAGCAGCUGUUCUUGGUGUUCCUGCAAAAGCUACAAUCAAAGAGGCCAAUAGUGAAUCAUUUGUGGUGAAAACGCUAGACAGAAAGACCCUCUGGGAAAUGCAGACUCCUCAGGUGAUCAAGCCCGAGCUGCUGAAAAGAGGUUUCGAGCUCGUGAAUAAGGAAGCUCUAGAGGUCACAGAUGAUGUUUCAAUAGUAGAGCACCUCAAGCAUCCAGUAUACAUCACUGAAGGAUCGUAUACAAACAUCAAGGUCACAACCCCUGACGAUCUACUGCUUGCCGAGAGGAUCUUGAGCAUGGAUUCAUGAGAGAAUACUUCCAUCUGAAAGCCAUUUCAUAGCAAGGCAUGAUGUCAGGAUGUAUCAUUAUGACAUGAAAAUAUGGUCGGAAAGCAUUUGUAGCUCUCACUUCUCACAUUGAGAAACCCUUUUGAAAGGUCUAAGCUUUAAGAUGCAUUAAGACAAUGA